AUGGCAACCAACACUACCAUCUCCAACCCCACUAGCUAUUAUGACUACGACUAUGUGGAUGAUGAUACAGAGGCGGUGGACUGUAUUCAUGAAUUUGAACCUUGGGCUAACGUUUCUAUCUCUGCUGUCUACGCUUUAAUCUUCAUCAUUGGUUUCUUUGGCAACUUGUUCGUCAUCAUAGUUACGAGCUUCAAGCAGACAACCAGGAGACCUGUGGAUACCUUUGUGAUCAAUUUGGCUGUGGCAGAUUUGGUGUUUGUCUUGACUUUGCCUUUCUGGAUAGUGUCGACCGGCAAUAACCAUGACUGGAUCUUCGGGAGUGAAGUCUGCAAGAUAAGCAGCUACAUCAUUGGCGUCAACAGGUAUUCCAGUAUCUUCUUCCUCACCUCAAUGAGCGUUGACCGCUAUCUCUCCAUCGUGAAGCUUCUGGAUUUCAGGCACUUGAGAACCCAGAGACACGCGAUCAAGAUCUGUGCUCUUAUCUGGAUCGGUUCGCUGGUGUUGGCCAUUCCUUCCGCCUAUUUCAGGAAACUCAUCCUGACAAAUAAGUCUUAUUGUGUCGAUGACAAGAGCUCUCAAUUUUUCCGCGGUUUCAGCCUGGCUUCCAUCUGCAUCACCUUCGGUCUUCCGGUCAUCAUUAUCGUGUUCUGCUACUGCUCCAUUCUGGUCAGGCUGCGAGAUCAUUACGACCAGGCCAAGAAGACUUUCCAGAGGCGAGAAAACUCCCUGAAGAUUGUGGUGGCCAUUGUGUUGACUUUCGUUCUGUCCUGGUUGCCCUUCAACGUUCUCAAAGCUGUGGACCUGUAUUUGCAAUCUGAGGGCAUCAUCCCAAACUGCGCGCUUUCCCAGGCCAUCAGCCAAGGCUUGGUCAUCGCGUCUUGCUUGGCUUUCGUGAACAGCUGCAUGAACCCCAUCAUUUAUAUCUCCCUGGACAGGCACUUCAGACGGAGAGCUGCCUGCCUGGCUAAUUACUUCUUUAGGGGCACUAGGAGUCGAGCCAGUAGCAUUUCAUCGACAUCUGCUGGGAGCAUCGCAACACUUAAAGCUCUGAGGUGGCCUUCACUCUCACAGUCAGAAGCCUCUCGAAAUAUCAAUGGAAUGAGUCAGAAACGUUCCACAAAUGCGUACUAAAUAACAGACAAGAAACAGCCAGCAAAUGCCAACUGAAUAACAGACAGAAACAGCCAGCAAAUGCCACCUAACUCGCAGACAGAUCUUAACAAACCCAAACCAAUUUCUGUGCAGUUUGUGUUUGAAGUUUCUCCAAACUUCUCUUCCUCUUUUUUUCGGCACAAUCGUAAAACCCU